UCACUAUACAUACAAUUUUGGUUAACUUUAUUACUGUACGAAUUAUGAUAAAUAACAGCACAUUGCACCGCUCGUGCUUUUUAAUGGCGCAGUCACAUGACUACGGGCCGGUCCGCGCCGCUGCUCGACACAGUGCUCGAUUGCAUGAAACAAGUCGCAACUCGCAAGAACGAAUAAGCGUAACCGACAUACCUACGUAGCCCCACGAGUGACAAGACUGAAGUGAAGACUGAAGACACAAUCGCUGUGAGCGUCAAACUGACAAUACGUCUAUGUUACUAUACUUUGUGCCAUUCAUAAAAAUACGCAUAAUAUUUUACCCCAAUAGAGGAUAGUGAUGACCUUACAAGUGUAGUGUACUAAUAGUAUUCUUUGUAUUGUGUAAAAUGUGACAGAUUUUGUAUUAUACGUGAUAAAAAAUAUAACAUACUAGUGAUCGUGUUUGUGGUUUUGUGUAUUUGUGACAUAAUUACGUUGUUGUUGUUGUGAAAAGAAUUUAUUAUGGAAACCCGUCAUUAUUGGGAGGAGAACGGGCACGUCGUCAAAUAUGACAAUUACAAUUCCAACGAUGGUUUCGGCCGUGCAGGGGGCGAGCAAAUCAACUUCGCGGUACGAUCGGAGGACGAGGGCGAAUAUCCUGGAGCCUACAUGAAGAAGGGGAAGGUCUCGAGGCAAGACCCGAUGUCACAUCGAAUUAUCGAGAAGCGGCGUCGGGACAGAAUGAACAACUGUCUCGCGGACCUCUCCAGGCUGAUACCACCGGAAUAUCUGAAGAAAGGCCGCGGCCGAGUUGAAAAGACUGAAAUCAUUGAAAUGGCUAUCCGCCACCUCAAGUUCCUACAAGAACGUGUUAAUGCGGCCGAGCGGCAAGCGGUGGAGGACUUCAAGGCGGGGUACGGGGACGCGCUGGGCGAGGCCGUGCGUUUCCUAGUCGAGGUGCAGGGCUUCGGUCCAGCGGAUGGCCUCUGCGUCCAGCUAGCUGCGCAUUUGCAGAGGCAUUGCGAUGUUGUUACUAAGGGCGAAACGUUACCCCGGGACAAGGCGCGAUCCCACCCCGGAUCCUCAUCAGAGACCACCAGCUCGUCCAGCAGUUCCCACAGCUACGCGGUGAAGGGCGUCAUACAGCAGCCGGAGCCGCCGCCAGCCUUCCCGAGGGAACCCUUUGAGCCGGAGAGGACAGUGGAACCGAGUUACCCCAUGGAGUGUGAUAGAGUGUUAGUCGCCCCGGCGCCUCUCGUGAGUACAGAGGCGGCCGAGCCAGAGCCUCUACCGCUGGACGGAAGGUUGAAACGAGAACCCACUCUGAGGAAGAUUCGCAAACCCGAACACGGAGAGGACUAUCUACAUUCCUACAAGUUCAAGAACUCGAUAGAGAGGAGGUUUUCUCGAUCGCAAGACUCGGAGAGCAAAUGUUUAACAAAGCACUCACAUAAGCACGCCGGGCAGGCGGGUGCGCACGCGCACACCAAGGCGUACUCGCACAAGCGGCGGCGCGCCGCCAAGCCCGCGCCCUCCACCUCCACCUCCGCCUCGGGCUCCACUGAGGACGCGAGGGACACUUCGCCGCAGGACACGUCGAGUGAGUCUCCCCACCACCACCAGUACGACAAGCCGCCGCCGCCGACGCAGUUUGUGCCCGUGUUCGCACUUAACGCACUAGGUAAAUACUACGUUCCGUUAAGCGUUGACUACGCAUGUCUGUCGCGACACCUCGGCCCGUAUGACAUACUUGACGCACGCGCAGUCCACCUGUCGGCGCCAUUGCAUCCUGUCACUAUACACGUCAACUUCCAGCCGUGCCUCAACUAUCACGUGAAGAGAGAACCGAAUGAGAGGGACUGGAGGCCCGUAUAAAAUAUAAUGUGUGUUAAAUGUUAUCAAAAUAAAUCUGAGUGUUGUUAAUUAAUUGCUAAAGCCAAAACUUUUGUUUAGUCUGUAUGAAAUUGUGUGACGUUUUAAACGUCAUAUGUAAAGUUUUUGUUGAUAAUAGUUUGUUUUUGUGUGGUAUUGUGUAUUUUUGCGAAAAUUUAAAUCGAACAUUACGUAUUACAUAUAAAUGGAUACCCUUCUUGAAAGUUAAAUUAAGCUUUUGGCUUUAGCUAUAUUUUAAUUUAAACGGGAAAUAUUUCUAAAAACAAAAUAUAUGUUAUUAAAAGCUGAUUACACUAUUCAAAUUACAAUAAAAAAAGAAGGAAAUAAUAUUUUAUGAACAAUGGUGAGUGCGUGAAACCAAUACAUUUCCCAGAAAGACAACGUUAUUAUUGUAUACACCAACAGGUUAAAGUUUACUUAAACUUUAUGGAUAAAUUAAAUUAAUUAUAUAUGUAUCUAUUACUAUUAACGUUUCGAUUUUAAAUUGGCAGCUAAAAUUGCUGGCCCAUAACAAAAUUAUUAUAAAUAAACUGUAAAUUGUUUUAUAUUAUCUAUCCAAUAAAAAAAUUGUAUAACUAAAUCCUGUUCUUUGUGGAAAGCGUAAGAUAACUGUAAAUGCCUAUUUUAUAUUACGGAUUUAAGGUGUCUAAAAUAAAAUGUAAAUUGAACUGACAAAAUAAGUUUAAGUGGUGAUUAUGCAUAUAUACGUACAUAUUUACUUAAAUAUAUAUAUUUUUGUUAUAAUAUUCGGUGAGUUUGAAGAAAAGACUGCAUAAGACUUGGCGGGGCGACGUUCGGUGUUCUAGUUCCGGCUGUGAUAAUAAGAAUGUACCUAGUCAAGAUCUCUGGUGAUGCUUGGCAUAUAAUUUUUCGAACAUUAUUUUGUUAUAAGACUAAGCGUUAGUUUAUAGAUGUUUAAUAUAUUAAGAUGUAUUGAAAAUUAUCUGAGACAUUUCUUUUUUGUUGAUGGCAAUAUUCAAUUUAUAUACUGUAUUCAUUACGGGUGUUAUUGUUUAACAUUGUUGUAAUUGACGGAAUGAUGGAGAAUUAGUUUGUGGGGCAAUUUUUUAUAAAAAUCGCGAGAAGUACAAACUGAUUGCUAGUGAAAUGUAAUUCGGUUAAUUUUGAAACCGAGGAACACGAAGCGUUAUUUUAUCA